AUGAAGCUGUGCGUGUUCGCAAGCUACCCGCCGCGGGAGGACCUGCGCCCCGGCGACUGGCUCUGCGGUAUGUGCGACGCGGCCAACGCUCCGCGGUACCCCAGCUGCGGCUGCGGCACGCCGCGCGCCGCCGCGCCCGCGACGGCGAUCAUGUGCAUCCCGUGGCCGCGCAAUCCGGAGCCCGACGCGUGGGCCUACGGGUGCCUCGUGGAUCGGCCCGACGGCUACGUCGCGGCGGCGGGCGACGCCGACUUGGACGGCAACAUCCACAACGGCACGUCGUACACGGCCGAGGACCGCGGAGACCUGCUCGAGCUGCUCGGGCGCGCCGCGCCCGACUACGCCUACUACACGGCCCGGCGCGCGGGCGCCUCCCACCUUCGCGCCAAGCUCGCCGCCAUCGACGUCGCGCUCGAGGUCUCCCUGCUCGAUCAAGAACGCCACGCCAACCUCAAGCUCUCCCUCGAGGCGUCGCUCCGCUGGGAGCGGCGCCUCGCGGCCGAGUCGGCCACCGCGACGGCCGCCGCGAGGGGCUUCCAGAACUACUUCGCCAACGUGCCCAAGAAGCCCGCGCUCCCGCCGGCCGCGGCGCCCCAGCCGCCGGAGACGGCCGCGGCGCCGCCGAACUGGGCCUGCGCCGCCUGCACCCGCUCGAAGGGCAUGGAGGCGCCGAGCGACGCCGGCGCCGCCGGCACGCAGGGCGCCGCCGCGGGCAGCGCGGGCCCCCGACCGGCCGCGGACGACGCGCAGCGCGAGAAGAAGAAGCAGAAGCAGGACGAGCGGAAGGAGAAGAAGGCCUACCCGUUGACGGUCAAGGCCGGCGCGCCGCUCCUCGUCAACGGCCAGCUCGUCGUCGUCGAGGACACCGCCGAGGACUACGGCGGGAAGGUGGCUCCGUCGGGGUUUGCGCGGGUGCGCUCCAUGAGCGACGCGAAGAUGAAGCUCGUCCAGCUCGGCUACGAGGCGCGCCUGGCGCGCACGGCGACGGACGACGAGGUCCGGGCGGAGCUCGGGCGGGACCGCGCGCGGGUCGCGGGCGCGCGCGGCGCGCUGCCGUACCCGGUCCUCACGCCGGCCGUCAUCGCGGCGCGCGAGGCGCGCGCCGCGGAGAGGCUGGAGGAGUUCGAGCGGCGCCAGGUCGUGCGCGCGUGCGCGCGCGCGCACGACCUCAAGCCCGCGCCCGCGGCCGCCGUCCACGCGGCCGCGGGCCGCGCGCGGGCGACCGCCUGGUCCAUCCAGCGCGGGCUGAUGACCGUCGCCGGCGGCGAGCGCUGCGGCGCCGCGUUGAAGGGCAAGAAGGAGCCGCCGCCGCCGCCCAAACGCGUCAAGAUCGGCCUGUGCGCGGGCAGCCACAAUCUCGAGGCGGAAAUCGAAGCGCUGGACCCGGAGUGCAUCACGCUGACGAUCGACAUGCCGGCGCUCAACCCCGACGUCGUCGCCGACGCGGGCGAGGUGGACAUCGUCGAGCUCGUCGGGCGGGACGUCGCGACGGACAUCUUCCUGCACAUGCCGUGCGGCGGGGGCUCGAAAGUGUGCGAGCACAACCACCAGAACCCGGAACGGGGCGACCACCUGCGCGUGCGGAGAGAGAACCAGCUGCGCAUCGCGCUCAACUUCGUGCGCAACGUCGACCGGCUCGUCAAGAAAUUCCCGAACCUGCGCAUCUGGCGCGACGCCGCGAUCGAGUGCCCGCACGGCAACGAUUUUUGGAAGACGGCGGAGUACAAGCAGCUGAGGUACGUCCACAGGCUCUACGAGUUCCCCUUCGAGCACUGCGCGGAGAUCUUCAAGAUGCCCAAGGACAAGAAGUACAAGAAGCGCGGCAUCCUCGCCACGAACGCGCCCACCUUCCCCGCGCCCACGCGCGGCAACAUGAACGUCGUCCCGGAGGACCUGCUCUGCGACUGCCCCUACAAGAACUGCAAGCACCCCGUGUCGCUCACGGGCGAGCAGCUCGCGGCCGCCGCCGUCUACCCGCCGGGCGUCGCCAAGCAGUUCGCCCUGGCCAUGCAGCAGGCCGAGGUGCUGCCGAUCAAGGACCCCAAGACCUACGAGGACCUGCUGUGGAACUUCGACAAGCUCUACGAGGAGAAGUACGGCCGCGUCGACCGCGACGAGUUCGAGGCCUACGGGCCGCAGCCGCCGCCCGCGCCGACGGGCGAGUAG